CAGUCGAUUGACAGCACAGGUAGCUUUUGGUUGUAUUAAUUUAGUCUUUAUUAACUCGCUAUUAAUUUAAUUACCAUAAGUUACUAAAUAUAUGAAAAUACAAAUCUCUUAAAGAUUUAGCAAAUUAUACCCAAAUGCCUGACAAACGCUUCAUCAAUGUCUGCGUGAAGACAAUGCCUUCGGGUUCACAAGACUUCAAAGUCUUCAUCACCGGAACCGUUAAGACAAUCGCAGACUUGAAAUGUUUGCUUCAAAGCAACGGUAUGUUCAACGAAGACCAGACAUUUCUGAUGAUAUGCGGCCAACAGUGCCGAUACCUCUUGACCAAUGAAUGUCUGGUCGAUUGGAUCAGAUGUGAUGACGUCGUCGAAGUACAGCCUAAACAUUAUCGCGAGACUACCGGUGCUCAUAACACCGACAAUGAUCCACAAAUUGAUAAUUUGGUCCAAAAGCUCAAUCAAAUCGACACCGAAAACGAGUCCUUAAAGGAGGAGUUGGUGUCACUGAAAGAGUUGGUACACCAGAAGGACAGGGAUGACAUCAAAUGGAUUAUCAACGAAGUGUAUGCUAUGCAAGAGUAUCUGAAUGUCAAGGACUCGGAUGAGAGAGUGCAUCGAAAAGACGUACAGGAGUUGAAGGACUGGAAGAAUAUGAAGGAUAAGGGGGACAACCUCUCGACUGAGUCAUUGAUAGCCAUAAGGGAAUGGCUAGAAGUGUCAAACAGGGCCUUCAAAGACCUGAAGCAAGUGAUUGUCGAUAAAUUCAUAGUCGAUAAGGGAUCGGAUGGCCAAUCACUGGAGAGCUGUGUCUGUCGGGCGGUGGACACGGAUGUGGUGGACAUGUUGUCAGAAAUCUUAAGCGAAUGCAAAAGAGCUAACCAUCUGUUGGUCGGUAUGAAUAAAGAUAACGACAAUGCGAUGUCUACUCUGGAGGACAUCGCGGAUGUGAUCGAUGUCACAGACAGUGAUGAUGGUGUCGAAGAUGUGCCACAAAAAGUACUAGUCCGGCGCCUCCACGUGCAUACGAUCCGUAGGCUACCAAAUGCCAGUCCCCGACAAUACCGUCCCCAUUGGCUACGCUGUACUGACACAUUGGGGAUACGACUAUACGGUUACGGAGGGUUACCCCUCGUGUUCAAUACUCCUAACCGUGGUGGUCGUUCGUGGAAGUGGUAUCGACAACUUAGCAUUUUUAGACAUUUUGCCAAUUAUUUUCCACUGAAGUUAGUCAAAACCCAUGAUUUGGACCCGGAUAAAAACUACAUAUUUGCAUGCCACCCGCAUGGUAUAAUUGCCCUUUCGCAUAUUUAUCAUUUUACGAGUAAUAGUCCCAGCUUUCAACAACUGUUCAAUGGGUUUACCGUCCGUAUGUGUGGCCUUAUGUGGAACUUUUGGUUCCCGCUCUGUCGGGAUUCCCUAAUGGCUAUCGGUCUUAUAUCGGCCAAUAAAUCUAGCAUCGAAUGGUGUGUGAGUGGCAAAGAGGGAACCGGAGGGCAAGUGGUGGUUGUGGUAGUGGGCGGGGGUCGUGAGGCCCACUACGCAAUGCCCUAUACUAUGAGACUGUGUCUCAAACAUAGGAAAGGAUUUGUGAAAAUUGCGUUAAAACACGGUGCAUCGUUGGUACCGGUGCUGGCAUUCGGUGAAAAUGAGUUAUGGGAACAAAAAGUAUUCGCAAAAGACUCGUGGUUUGGUAAAUGUCAGCAAUAUGCCCUAGCUAAAUGCUAUGCUACCAUACCGAUCCUCAAACAUAUAGUUCCCCGGCGUAUACCAGUUACCACAGUUGUUGGAAAGCCUAUAGACGUGCCAAAAGUGGACAACCCUUCCGAUGAUGAGGUCAACCGACUUCACAAUCAGUAUAUUAAUAGUUUGGAGAAAUUAUUUGAUGAAAAUAAGUCUAAAUAUGGUUUCAAUGAUGUAGAGCUUAUUAUUGACUAA